AUGGGUGGAGUCGAAGUAUCCUCCGUGGUGUCGUCCAUCAUAACAGCCUUAGGAAAUGGCCUGGAUAUUUUUCACCGUCUAAGCGGAAAAAAGAGGAAAUCCAACGCGAGGCUUCCUCGACCAUCUGAGGAAGAGGAAUGGCUCCGACAGUCAUUGGAAACUCGACCUCGGCAGAUCAGGAACGAAUAUGACCAGAGUGUGGCAAAACAUGGGAACAGAUUCGAAAUUGGUGACGAAAUUGCUCACAACAGUCUGGCACAUACCCUACUCGUCCUGAAUACCGGACUGGUUACUCUCAUCAAUCAUGCUCUGUCUGGUGGUACAAGGAAAAAUGUGGUGUCUAGAAAGACACUGUAUGACCUGUCCGAGACUGCCGCUCUCGAUACCAUGACUGCACUUGGACAGCUCAGCUCACGGCUAAGUAUCGCACGGCAAUUAAUAUCACCAUCUGAAGCUGGAAAGGACAGGACAGGACACCGUACAGGGCAUCGCAAGAAGCACAAGCCUAGUGGGUUAUCAACGACCAGCACGACUGGUCGACCACCACUGUCACCGUUGCUAGUACGUGGUGGCUGGGUCAGGAGCAAAAGCGGCAGUUCUGUGGUCUCUGCUGCUGCGGCAAGGAAAGCUAGGGGACUACAGCCUCAGAAUCAUAGUCGAAGCCAAUCAGAGUUAAAUUUAUCGAGGUCUAAGGAUGGCAGAAUCGGAAAAGACGAUGAAAAGUUGAACAGCUCAUCAACCUCUCCAGAUGAGGGCAAGAAAAGGCAUGAACGCAGAACACGCGACGAGACAAAACUACAACGACAGCAGAGCAUGUUGCUUAUAUCAUCAGAUUUGCUCGACCAACCUCACACUGCUCUACAGCAACAGCAAAAGCAACAGCGGCUAUCACCACGGCCAUCGACAAUCCCACUUGAGUCGGACGACAAUCAACGUUCGAGGCAUGGAAAUGGUCGUCCAAUAUCCACCAUGACAUUCAUGACGGCCAGCACGAAAAUUGGUGAGAUACCUGAAUCUCGGUUUCAAAAUCAAAUAUACUCGGUGGAACCCAAAGGAGGGGCACUCCCCACGGUUGUUCAUCCAACCUUGGAAGACAUCCCGCCAAAGAAGAAGAAAGGUUUCAAGUUCUGGAAAAGGGAAGACAAGGCUCGCGAUGCCGGUCUUGACUAG